AUGGGUCACGACCGCGACGCGAUCGUCCUGCACGUAGGAGACCAUCUGGAGGGGGCAUCAACUUCAGAAAUCGAUGGCAGCAACAGCAACAACAAGUCACAGUCUUGUGCCAACAGUGCCGACUACGCCAUCGGACGGGUGGACAGCCUCAAAUUCCACUCCACGAUCCUGGGUCCAUUGCAACGCCUCGAGAAAUGGGUUCAAGGGGGCAACUCAUCUAGCACCGAUGGACCCGAACGAGUUCCAGAAGACCAGAGAUCGAACCCUCCGGCUUGGACGAUGAUCACGCUGUGGAUCUCCAUGACCAUGAACCCCUCCAACAUCAUCCUGGGCAUGUACGGCCCCAUGUUCGGGCUCUCCGUCUACGACAGCAUCCUGGUGGGCGUGCUCGGCACCUUCUUCGGCGCCAUGGGCCCGGCGUUCGCGGCCACGCUGGCGCCCCUCACGGGCCUGCGCCAGAUCGCCAUCACGCGCUUCUCGCUGGGCAUCUGGGGCGGCCGGGUGUGCGCGAUCCUCAACGUCAUCAUCAUCGGCGGGUACGCCAUCGUGCAGACCAUUCUCAGCGGGCAGACCAUCGCCGCCAUCUCCGGGGGUCGAGCCCCCGUCUCUGUCGGCAUCGCCGUCACCGUCAUCACCUCGUGGCUCAUCUCCCUCGUGGGCCUGCGCGUCAUCCACAUCUACGAGCGAUACUCCUGGGCGCUCAUCUUCGUCCUCGUUUGCGUCCUGCUCGGCCAGUCUGCGCAAGACUUCUCCCCCACCCCGGGCGACCGCCAGGUCCACGGCCCAACCUACAUCGGCUCCUGCCUCUCCUUCUUUAGCAUCGCCUUCGGCGGCGCAAUCACCUGGACCACCAUGGCCGGGGACUACUACGUGCAGUACCGCGCGGACACCAGCAAAGUGAAGGUGUUCAUACUCACGUUCGCCGGCCUGUUCGCGUCGAGCACGUUCCUCAUCGUCACCGGGGCAUAUCUGGGCGGCACCUACGCGUCCGAUCCGGCCUUCGCGACGGCCUACGACGAGUCCAGCAUUGGGGGGGUGGUCUUAUAUUCGAUGACGCCGCGCGCCUGGGGUCAGGUCACGGGCGUGCUUUUCGCAGUCAGCUUCACGGCCGUCCAAUCCGCCAUGUUCUACUCCAUGUCCCUUUCCCUACAGCAACUCCACCGCUUUGUCAUGCAGAUCCCCCGCCUCCUCUGGACGACGCUCAUCAGCGGCACAAUCCUGGGCAUCGCGCUCGGCGGGCAGAACGCCGUCGCGGACAUCAUCUCGAACUUCGUCGCGUUGCUCGGCUACUUCGGCAUCAUUCUGACCGGCUGCAUGGCCCUCGAGCAUUUCGUCUUCCGCCCGCGGCUGGGCGGGUACGAUGCGGACGAAUGGCAGGAUCAGACGGUGAUGCCCUGGGGGGUUGCGGGGCUCACGACGUUGUUGGCGGGGUAUGGGUUGACGUUCUUGGGGAUGAAUCAAACUUGGUUUGUUGGGCCGCUUGCGAAGCUGAUCGGCGAUGGGGGCGGCGAUGUUGGCCCGUUCAUUGCACUUUUGUCGUGUCUGAUAAUCUUUGCGCCGGUGAGGGCCUUUGAGAUUAAGUAUCUAGGACGAUGA